GUCCUGCUCGGGGAGGGGAGAGAAAAGAAGGUGGAGGCGAACCAGGGUGAUAGAUAAGCCCAGACAACACCCUAAACCGGUUUAAAGUAUAUUCCCAGCGGGUGUGUGAGUGCAUGAGAACACGACCAUGCGACUUCUGCGGGCCGUGCCGAAUGUAUUGGGCCCAAACCCGCGGAGCAGUGGAGAGCCAUGCGUGCGUCUUUGUUUGUUUUGCGCGUUUCUAAGCGAUGAUAAACCGAAUUCGGGUAGUGUUUGAAGAAGUAACACCUAGAGUUUGCUCGCACAGGUCUGGAUGUAGCUGAUUGGAGUAGCAACAGUCAGAGUGGGUGAUCAGGGAGGAAGGGAGAGACUGAAGUGGGUUCUCUGCGUGUGCAUGUGUGUGUGAUUCUCAAGCAGCCAUGUUAACCAAGAAACCCUGCGCUGUUGCUGCUGCUGUCUACCCGACUGGCAAAGGGGGUGAGAUUUGCCAGCUACAGUCUUCUCCCGGACUGGGCAUCGGGGGUCCCAGGGUUGGAGCAGGGACUGAAGCCACAUCACCCGUCACACUACCCCCUCUCAGGAACAGCAACUCCCUCAUGGCUGGAGGCAAUAAGCACACAAUGAACGACCAUCUGCACAUUGGAAAUCACCAGCAGAUCCACGUUCAACAGCUGUUUGAGGAGAACAGCAACAAACGAACAGUGUUGACUGCACAACCCAAUGGGUUGACACCUGUGGGCAGGGUGGGUUUACCCAUGCCCGAGAAGCAGCAAGAAAGCAGCCAAUGUCGACAAAGCAGCUCGACCUCCAUCAAAUCAACUGAAAGCAAACCUAAGCCAGCACCCUUGACUCCUGAGCAGGCCAUGAAACAGUACAUGUCUAAAUUGACAGUGUUUGAACAACAAGAGAUCUUCACCUACACUGAGAUCUAUUUUAUUGGUCCAAAUGCAAAGAAACGACAAGGUGUAGUUGGUGGUUCAAACAAUGGAGGUUAUGACGACGAUCAAGGCUCCUACAUUCAGGAACCCCAUGACCAUAUAGCAUAUAGGUAUGAGGUACUAAAGGUCAUUGGUAAGGGCAGCUUUGGUCAGGUGGUGAAGGCCUAUGACCAUAAAAACCACCAACAUGUAGCCCUGAAAAUGGUGCGUAACGAGAAGCGAUUCCACCGCCAAGCAGCCGAGGAAAUUCGCAUCCUGGAGCACUUAUGCAAGCAGGAUAAGGACGCCACUAUGAAUGUCAUCCACAUGCUGGAGAACUUUACAUUCCGCAACCAUAUCUGCAUGACGUUCGAGUUGCUCAGCAUGAACCUUUAUGAGCUUAUCAAGAAAAACAAGUUUCAGGGCUUUAGUUUGCCACUAGUGCGCAAGUUUGCACACUCCAUCUUGCAGUGUCUGGACUCCCUGCACAAGAACAGAAUUAUUCACUGCGACCUCAAACCUGAGAAUAUCCUCCUGAAGCAGCAGGGGCGCAGCGGGAUAAAAGUAAUCGACUUUGGCUCCAGCUGCUACGAGCAUCAACGGGUCUACACUUAUAUCCAAUCACGCUUCUACAGGGCCCCAGAAGUCAUUCUGGGUGCUCGUUAUGGAAUGCCAAUUGAUAUGUGGAGCUUAGGUUGUAUCUUAGCGGAAUUACUUACAGGGUACCCUCUCUUACCUGGAGAAGAUGAAGGGGACCAACUAGCAUGUGUCAUAGAGCUGCUGGGUGUGCCCUCCCAGAAGUUACAGGAUUCAUCUAAAAGAGCCAAAAAUUUCAUCAGCUCGAAAGGAUACCCCCGUUAUUGCACAGUCACAACCUUACCUGAUGGUUCGGUGGUGUUAAAUGGGGGAAGGUCACGCAGGGGCAAACUCAGAGGUCCGCCAGGAAGCAGGGACUGGAUAACAGCACUUAAAGGCUGUGAUGACCCACUGUUUUUGGACUUUCUCAAACAGUGCCUAGAGUGGGACCCAUCCUUGCGUAUGACCCCUAGUCAGGCCCUUCGUCACCCAUGGCUCAGAAGACGCUUGCCAAAACCUCCCACUGGGGAGAAGACCACCGUAAAGCGAAUCACUGAGGGUACGGGUGCUAUUACGUCAAUCUCCAAAUUACCUCCCCCUUCUGCCUCAACCACAAAGUUAAGGACUAACCUGGCACAAAUGACUGAUGCCAAUGGGAAUAUACAACAAAGGACAGUUUUGCCAAAAUUAGUCAGCUGAACUUUCAUUUUUCUAUUAAAUGGAGAUAUUGGAAAUUGUGCAAUGCUGAGCUUUCAGAAGUGUGGCAUUUCUAGGAAUAUAGUUUUUAUUCAUAUACACCAUCUAUGAACUGCUUUGUAGCACAUCUUUGUUGGUUUAUUUCUAUGAAUGCUAAAAUGGCCAAGAAAGGGGGAACAACACUUUUAAGUUUUUAUCUCAGGGCUUUGUAAAAGGCUGCUUGUUGGAGCAUUCAUACAAUCUGGUUUAUAAUAACACAAAGUCCCACAUGGUUUAAUACAUACAUCUUGAAGCAUAAAAACCAAAUAGUCUUUCUGCAAUUAAUUAAUUGAAGCAUACAUUGUUGUAUGUGCUUCUGAAAUUUCUAUCACAACUCUCCAAUCCUGUCAGAUAAAUAGCAUGGUAAUGGCCAUGCUAUCUAAGGCCUGUUGCUUUUUCCAGCAUCAUUUUUAAUGUCAAGCUGCAAAUUUAAUUCGAUUUUAAGAGACUAUGUUUAGAGAAUCACAGGUCAUAACAGAAAAGUGGAUGUUGCAGAAUGUUAUGAGGUAACAGAGGGAAACAAUGUUUACAUGAUAAACUUGGUAUGUGCCUAUAAAUCUCUUGACAUUCCGUAAGAAAUGAAAUGAGGAAAAGAGUGUCUACAUUCAGUAUAUAAGCUAUUCUCUGGAAGAGUUGCUUUUGAACAUGUACUGUCCUGGAAGGAAGCUUUAGUGAUUUACUUGAAUCUGAGCAAGUAUUGAUGCAAUUUUAACUUGAAUAUUAAAUGGUCAAGGCUAUGGCAGAACGUGAAACUUAAAUCAAGUUUUAAAAUAAAUCUAUAACCACUAGGACAAGGCAGUUGUUAAUGCCAUGAUUAAUAUCGAAUCAUUGUUCGGACUUGCUAAUAUCAGGCCAGAGUUAAAAUUCUUAAAGGUUGUUCCCUUUUUUAAAAUAAUGUUACAAAAUGGUUUUAAAUAACACUUUUUUUUUUCCUCAUUAGAACACAAAGACUGGCCAUUUUUGUAGCAUUUGUAACAUGGAAAGAAUAAUUUGACAUGGGUGUAAACGCAUAACUAAAGUUUAACUUAUUCAUUUAAUUGUGUCUCAGUGAAGAGCUAAUAUAAAUGGAACAAGUGGCCUGAAUGUGUGCAGUUGGCAGAAUAUCAGUGGAGAGUGACUUACCAUAUAAUGCACAAGAAAUAUAUCUGCAAGUACUUUGAAACCCUAAUCUAGCAUGAGAUAGUCCUGCUUGCUCUCAACCAGUCUCAGAUUGUGGGGGUGUGGAUAGGGGUCAAACCACGGGCUGUCAGGGAGUUCAGCAAAGCUGUAAUGCUCAUGUUGAUCCCUCACCCCCCUACUAGAGACUGGCACCAGCCAGCUGCACAAUGCUCAGGGGCUCAGGCCCCUUUGGACACCCAUAGUGCUUUACAGAUGCAGAAGUAACCUGCCAACAUCAGCAGGCAUUUCAUAAUGUACUUUAUACUUUUUUACUGUUCUUUGAAUUGACAGCAGUGUGGAAUAAUUUUGCCUUAGGUUUAAUAUAACGUGCCUUUGGUUAUCAAUGCCAUUCUUUUUAUUUCGAACAAUGAAACUCCCUUCCACUUACUUUAAAAGACUCAUGGUUAUUCUCUUGCACAUGUUUGAGCAUCGCCCAAAGAUACUCCCAAAUCUCAUGAAAUGGGACUUGGGAUCAAGUGGCCGCACAGUUGAGAGGUUGUACAUGUAGUUCAGACGCUCCCAUAUAUUUUUAUCCAAUGAUUUUAGAGAAAUCACCUGAGCAAACUUUUCCAAAAGGGAUUUCUUAGUAAGUGACAACAAUCAUAUCUACACUGAUUUUUCUCAAGUAGAAUAUGUGUCUUCACCAUUGCAUUCAUGUUGUCUUAACAUCACAAGUAUUCAAGGAAACACAUUUGGCUGGUUGUAAUACAAUAGAAAUAAGAACACAUUUUAAUAUUUUACCUCAAACUGUUGUGAUAUUCUUGUACUUUAUGAAUCCAGGGCAUUUGGUACAUACCAAAGUGCAUUCCUUUCUGUGUUAGUUAGGAAAUGAAGCCAGAUUUUCUCUUUUUACCUGAUCAAGAUGCACUCAAGCAACUCAAGAGCAUAUCUUGAGAAAGAUAAUCUUCUGUGGAGAGGGAAGCACAGGGUAAGGAGGCUUGUGCUCUAUUCGCCUGUUACACAACCUGUUUAAAUGUCUGAGAGAUGUAGCAUACUUCCAAACCUCUGUUGCUUGACAUGGUUGGGUGUAUUGCAGUGAAAACUGCAUGCCCCAAAAACCAACAGCAAGUCCAUUUCACCCCAGUGUGCAAUACAGUGGAAGUAUUAACUAUUAAGUUGGAUUUUUAAAAGGACAUGUGCCCUAACUCUUGAGUUUAGCUACCAACUGUUAACUUCAGUCAGCCCUGUUUUAAACAAAUAUUUAACACGGAAGCAAAGUUGACAUUUGUUUGUAUACAGCCACUGAAACUGUACAUAUGUGAAUUUGUUGAGAAUUUGAUGUGGAUGUGUACAUAUGUAUAAUGUUUUAAUAUUGUGAAAUGCUGCUGAAAACACUACAUUUUUUGCUGUAGUGGGGGGUUGAUGUUGGCGGCAGUUUUAUGAUACUGUAUGUAUUGUACAGCUGAUGGAAGAAAAGUUUUUUUAGUGAUCAUUUGUUUAAUUUUAUUGUUGUGGCUG